GAAGACUAAAUUUAUUAUUAUACCAAUUUUGGUACUAUCACCGCCGCAACUUGUAAAACAUUUAACAAGACUUAGUAGAAAAAAAAAACUAAAAUAGUUGAAGGGUGAUUUUGAAAGUUUCAAAAGUGAGAUGAGAAAAAAACAAACCAACCUAAGCAAUUUAUCUAUUGUUUUAAUAAAAGUAUUGGUCCAGCUCAGUUGUACUCGAUUAUCAUCAGGCCCCCACCCUUUGCUGUAAAUUCUCCCUUGUGAUCUCCUCUACAUGGCCUUUUCUGAUUCGUCAUGGUAAAUCUGAAGCCCCGCUUUCCUCUCCUACCCUUCCUUUCCCUUUUUUGUAUUACUUUUGCGCAGCCAGUGGUACACCUUCGACGCAUCAAAAAAGAAAAAACCUUAAUUUAUUAUUGUAACUGAUGUGAUGAAUUCAAAGCAGAAAAGGAGUUCAUUAAUCCGAAUCCACGUCACCAAUCCUCGUAGUGUCGCAUGAAAUAAAUCGAUACCGUUGGAUAAACACCCCGCAAUAAGCUAUCCCUAGCCGUUGGAUUAUAGCUCCUACCAUUGUUCUUCUCCCUUUCCUUCCAUCUCACAGCCAAGUUUUCCCUUUUAAAUCCUAAAGCCUUCUCAACAAAAUUAACAAUUAACAGUUUACUACUUCGUCUUCCUCUCACUCUCUUUUUCGCUUUCUCUUAAAUAAUACGAAAGCUAAAAAGAAAAAGCUCUAAAUUUCAAUGGCGACCGAAGAAAUUAGUCGAACUCAAGGCCUCAAUCCUUCUCAACAAUCUUCUUCACUUCCAGACUACCCUCAGAUGAUUUUGGAAGCCAUAGAGGCAUUGAAUGAGAAAGAGGGUUCCAGUAUGUCAUCCAUCGCCAAGCACAUCGACUCCACUCACUCCGAUCUCCCAGCGUCUCACUCCACUCUCCUAUCCCACCACCUCAACCAGAUGAAACAAAUGGGUCAAAUUGUUAUGUUGAACAACAAUUACACAAAACCCGACCCCAAUGCCCCACCCAAGCGUGGACGUGGACGUCCACCUAAACCCAAGGUUCCUCUUCCACCUGGCGUCGUCGUCUCUCCUCCCAGACCUCGUGGUCGUCCGCCUAAGCCGAAGGACUUAUUGGCUCCCCCCAAGCCCAAAUCCGUCAGCACCGGAAGGCCACGUGGGCGCCCACCUAAGAAGGCUAAGACUGGUACCGCCACUGCUCCUCCACCUCCUCCCGGCGUUAAGCGAGGCCGCGGUCGACCUCCGAAAGUGUAACCGUCGGUGGGUUUUCAGUAAAGCAGCAAACUCAAAUGAAAGAGAAUGGAGAAGAUGGCUCAUUCCGUCACUGCUCCACCUCGCGCGUUAGCUUUAAUUUUUUUUAACAUUAAUUUUUUAGGUGUCGUUUAGUUAUCAGCUAAUUGACGUUUUAGCUGUUUUUUUUUUUCCUUUUAAUUUUUAGUUAACUUGGGGUGGGGGUACUGUAAUGAUUUUACUGUAGGGCUUAGACUUUACUUUAGUUCGACUCUUUUGUAAUUUCCAUGUAAUUGUUAAGACCCUUUUCUUUA